AUGACUCGCCGUCGGCAGACGGCCCCCCGGGCUGAGCAGCGCACACGUGUUCCUCCCCCCCCAACCCCACUCUCCCCAGACGCCCCGAAGCGGAACCUCACCGCCUCGGCCUCACCGCCCCCCCCUCUAUCCACAGGGCGGCCCCGCGGCCGCCACCGGCCCCAAAUGGCCGCGCCAAUCCGCAGGAGCUCAUCCUUAAAAUCGCCGAGAGGCCCCGCCCCGCCCGCCUAUGACAUCCUCCGCUCCGAGCCCCAGCCCCUGGGCGCGAUCUUCGCCCCCGAGUCGGUGGCCGUGAUCGGCGCCACGGACCGGCCGGGCAGCGUGGGCCGCACCGUGCUUUGGAACCUCAUCUCUAGCCCCUUCGGCGGCACGGUGUUCCCCAUCAACCCGCGGCGCCGCUCCGUGCUUGGCAUCGAGGCCCACCCCAGCGUGCGCAGCCUCCCGGAGCCUGUGGACCUGGCCGUGAUCGUCACGCCCGCGCACACCAUCCCAGCGAUCGUGGGGGAAUGCGUGGCCGUGGGCGUUCGGGGCGCCAUCAUCCUCUCGGCCGGAUUCAAAGAGGCGGGCAAGGAGGGCGUGGCGCUGGAGGAGAGGAUAACGGCACAGCUGGCGGUGGCCGGGGGUUCUUUGCGAGUGAUCGGCCCCAACUGCCUGGGGGUCAUGAAUCCUUUAACGGGGCUGAACGCCACGUUCGCGUCCACCAUUGCCCGCCCCGGCAACGUGGGGUUCGUGAGCCAGUCGGGCGCGCUGUGUACCGCGGUGCUGGACUGGAGCCUGGGCGUCAACGUGGGCUUCAGCGCCUUCCUGUCCGUGGGCUCCAUGCUGGACGUGCACUGGGGGGACCUCAUCACCUACCUGGGCGACGACCCGCGCACGCACAGCAUCGUGGUGUACAUGGAGUCCGUGGGCGACGCGCGGGCGUUCCUGUCCGCGGCGAGGGAGGUGGCCCUCACCAAGCCGAUCAUCGUGAUCAAGGCCGGCCGCACCGCAGAGGCUGCCAAGGCCGCCGCCUCCCACACGGGCACCCUGGCGGGCAGCGAUGCCGUCCUGGACGCGGCCUUCCGGCGGUGCGGCGUGCUGCGCGUCAGGGAGAUCUCCGAGAUGUUCGACAUAGCCGAGAUCCUGUGCAAGGGCGACAAGAAGCUGCCCAAGGGGCCGCGGCUGACGGUGCUGACUAACGCCGGCGGGCCCGGCGUGCUGGCCACCGACGCCCUGGUCGCCGGGGGCGGGCAGCUGGCGACCCUGUCCGAGGAGACGAUGGCGGAGCUCAACGAGUUCCUGCCGGCUCCAUGGAGCCACGGCAACCCGAUCGACAUCUUGGGCGACGCGGACCCGGUGCGCUAUGGGCGGGCUCUGGAGGUGGCCCUUAAGGACCCGAACAGCGACGGCCUGCUGGUCAUCCUGACGCCCCAGGCCAUGACCGACCCCACGGUGACGGCCGAGGAGCUGCGGCGUGUGAGCAAGCAGUCCCAGAAGCCGAUCCUCGCCAGCUGGAUGGGGGGGUCGGAGGUGGAGGGCGGCAAGUCGGUGCUCAACCGCGCCAACAUCGCCACCUACGCCUACCCCGACUCCGCGGCCGACACGUUCAACUACCUGUGGAAGUACAAGCGCGACCUGGAGCACCUGUACGAGACGCCCUCCCUGCUGCUGGACAAGGAGAUAGGCGGCAUGGAAAACGGCGCGCCCGCAAAUGUCGUGGUCCAGGAUGUGAUUGACGCGGCCCUGGGAGAGGGGCGCACGCUGCUGUCCGAGGUGGAGUCCAAAGCUAUACUGAGCGCCUACGGCAUUCCCACGGUGGCCUCCCCGAGCGCCCACACCGAGGACGAGGCCGUGCGCGUCGCGGAGGACCUGGGCUACCCCGUGGUGGUCAAGCUGCUGUCCAAGACGGUGACGCACAAGACCGACGUGGGCGGCGUGCACCUCAACCUUUACGGGCCAAUGGACGUCCGCGCGGCGUACCAGGGCAUCCGGAAGUCCGUCACGGAGACCGUGGGGCCGGAGGCGUUCGGCGGCGUGUCGGUGCAGCCGAUGAUCAGCAGGGACGCCGGGCACGAGCUGAUCGUGGGCAGCAGCACGGACCCACAGUUCGGGCCCGUGAUCCUAUUCGGCACGGGCGGCAGCCUGGUGGAGGUCUUCCAGGACACGCAAAUCACCCUGCCGCCGCUGAGCACCACCCUGGCCAGGCAGCUGAUGAGCCGCACCAAGAUCUACCGCGCGCUGCAGGGCGUCCGAGGGCGGGGGCCGGCCGACGUGGCCGCCCUGGAGAAGCUGCUGGUGCGGAUCGGCCAGCUGGCGCUGGAGCAGAAGCGGAUCGACGAGAUGGACAUCAACCCCUUGCUGGUGAGCAGCAAGGACGCCAGGUAUCCCAUCCUGGCGCUGGACGCCAGGAUCAAGCUGCACGGAAGGGACAGGGAGCUGGAGUCCCUGCCGCGGCCGGCGAUCAGGCCGUACCCCACCCAAUGGGUGCUCCCCUGGACGCUGGAGGAUGGCACUGGCGUAAGAAUUCGGCCAAUCCGGCCGGAGGACGAGCCGCUAAUCGUCGACUUCCACAAGAGUUUGUCGGAGCGCAGCGUCUACAUGAGGUACUUCCACCCCAUGAAGUUCAGCAUGCGCACCACGCACGAGCGGCUCAUACGGAUCUGCCACGUGGACUACGACAAGGACGUGGCGCUGGUGGUGGACAGGAGGGGCGAGGACGGGGAGUACCGGGAGAUCGUGGCCGCGGGCAGGCUGAGCAGGAAGCACGCGUUCAACGAGUCGGAGUUCGCGAUACUGGUCGCGGACGCCUACCAGAGGCGGGGGAUUGGCUUCCGGCUGCUGAAGCAGAUGGUCCAGAUUGGGAGGGACGAGCGGCUGGAGUGCAUCACCGCCGAGAUGCUGCCCGAGAACCGCGCCAUGCAGCAGGUGUCCGAGAAGGUGGGCUUCCACCUCACGAGGCGCGAGGACUUCAUCGUCGCCAAGAUCAGGUUGAAGGGCCAUGAGCGGAGGCACGGGGCUUGA